AUGGCGACAAUUGAAAACAAGUCUAACAAGAAGAGAAAGCAACGCUACCUUCCUCAAAAUAAACCUGUGAAAAAGGGUGCAUAUGCAUUGCACCCGGGAGUUCAAGGGUUCUUCAUCACAUGCGAUGGCGGACGCGAACGCCAAGCCUCUCAUGAAGCUGUUAACGUCAUUGACUCCUUUUUUGAAGAACUAGUACAUGGCGCAGAUUCAGAUAAGGGAGCAGAAGAGAUUUCAAAUCAAGCUUUAAAUAAAAAAACUAAAUUUGUAUACUCUGACAGUGACGAGGACGAUACCGAAGAAGGAGAUGAUGAUAAAAAGGAAUCCAAAGAUAAAGUUCAUGAGGGGAGCAAUGAUGAAGAUAAUGCAGCCAAUGAUGAUCUUGUAACUCCAGCUGCAAAAGAACCUUUGCCUCCUGAAAAAGAAAGUGGCUUAGAAGGAAAUCAAGACAGUAAGGAAUCAAUGAAGAACAAUGAAAUUCAAGAAAACGAGCAGCCAAUUAAAAAGCAAUGUGUUGAAACUGGGAGAAAUAAUUUUUCAGAAUUAGGAUCCUCAAGGAUGGAGAAAAAAUCUGUGGAUGAAUUGAUUGAAUCUGAGCUAGCUGAAUUGGGAGACAAAAACAAGAGGCGUUUUUUCCAUCUUGACUCGGGUUGCAAUGGCGUUGUUUUUGUCCAAAUGCGCAAAAGAGCUGAUGAUCCUAACCCAAAGGAUAUUGUGCAUUACAUGAUGGCCUCACUUGCUUCAUCAAGGAAACACAUUUCCAGGUUCCUGUUAAGGGUGCUACCAAUUGAAUUCACAUGCUAUGCUUCAGAAGAAGAAAUUUCACGAGCUAUUGAGCCUUUCAUUGCGCAUUAUUUUCCUGUUGAAACUCAGAACCCCAAAAAGUACGCUGUGCUCUAUGAAGCUCGUGCAAAUACUGGCAUUGAUAGAAGUAAAAUCAUUGAUGCAGUUGCAAAAUCUGUUCCUGCUCCACAUAGAGUUGAUCUUGGCAAUCCUGAUAUGCAUAUAGUGGUUCAAGUUGUUAAGACUGUUUGUUUGAUAGGCUUUGUUGAGAAGUACAAGGAAUUCGCCAAGUACAAUGUAAGGCAGCUUACUUCUGAAGAAACGACCUGA